AUGAAAACUAAACAAUUCCAUUUGUAUCAUUUAAGAAAAAAGCUUAAUUUGAAUAAAAAAAUAAAACCCCUAAAGUAUAAAGUACAUUUAAUAUUUUUAGCACUAUAUCCUAAUUUAAAAUAUUAUGGAUACUGUGUGAUCUAUUUCUUGAAGUUGUCAAAAUGUGUUGAAGAGAAGAUAAGUGUUUAUAUACAUGGAGAAUACUUACGUGUAUUAGAAUGUUUUUAUAUAUGUCCACGUAAUAUAGAAAGGAAAAUAAAGAAGGAAGAUAUAUAUAAGAAGAGUGAAUAUAUUGAUAUGUAUUUAAGAAAUUUUUCAUUAUGUGGUUUAUAUAAAUUGGUAAUAUGGUUUUCUUAUGAAAAUAUACAAGAAAGUAUUGAAGGUAUAUAUGUUUCUGGUGCAUCUAAAGAAGGAAUAAGAAAAGAAAAAAGAAAUAAAAUAAAGAAUGAAAAUUUAGUUGUAACAUCUUUAGAUAGUCAAAAUAAGAAUUACAUAGAAAAGAUAUAUAAAAGAAGGAAACUAUAUUAUUUUAAAUUUGAGAAUGAUAAGAUUAUUAAAAGAUUAUAUUUUAAGAAUAUAUCUUUUGAAAAUGACAAAAAUUAUAAUUAUAUAUCAACAUUUUGUGAAUUUUAUUAUUUACCAUAUAUAUUUCCAUGUUUGCAAGAUAAUAAUCAUAAAGUAUAUUUUUCAUUAAGUGUGUCUUUCGAAAUUAAAUUUAUAGAUUCUUUUUCUUUUUAUAAUAAAAAGAUUAAAUUGGAUAAUAGUACAUUUUGGAAAAGAUUAUAUAAUUAUAUACAAGUUGAAAAGAAAUAUGGGAAGAAAAGAAAAAGGAAAAGUAAAAGAUGGGUUUUAUACAAUAGAUUGUAUGAAAGAAAAAAAUUAAGAAAUAAAAAAUAUUUGUAUGAAAAUUAUAAUAGAUUUCAUAUUUUGCAUUAUUCUGCUUGUCCAUCUCCUUCUGCCCCUUCAGCUGUAAGUAAUAGUAAAAUAAGAAGUGUAUAUUAUAAUAAAAGAAAAAUUCAUUUUAAUUCUUUCCUUUUGAACAAAAAAGUGUUAACAAAGAAACUGCUUUUUCAUUGUAGUAAUAAAAUGGAACAUGGAAAAUAUAAUGAUGUGAGGAUAAUUGAUAAGAAUCCUGGGUAUAUUUUAAAGAAACAUUUUCCUAGAAAUAAUAAAAUAGUAAAAAAAAAAAAAAACAGUGGGAUUAUUAGCAAUAACUACAUUUUAAUUAAUCAUCAUAAUAAUUCUUAUGGUAAAAGAAAUGAAAAAUAUUUGACGUAUAAAUUUUAUAAUACACAUAAAAUUGUACAUUACAAUUUUUGUCUCUUCAUUGGUAUUUACAACAAAUUAUACUUUAAGAUGCAUGGUAUAGAUAUUUAUAUAUAUAUUGAAAAAAAGAAUGAUAAUUUUGAAAUGACAAAAAAAUCAUAUGAAUAUUUCUUAGGUUUAUUAAUUUUUAUAUUACAUGUUUUUAUGAGGAAGAAUAUUUUUAAAAGGGAAAUAAGGAAAAAUGAAUUUUUACAAUUUAUGAUUGUAAGAAGAUAUAAAUAUGUAGGAGAAGAGAAUGCAAAUUGUCUUACAUUUCUAGAGUCUUUUAUUUUAAUAAAUAAGCAUAGUAGGAUAUAUGAUAUAUAUAAUAGUAUAAAAUUAACGGUGCAUGAAAUAUUUCAUAUUAUAUGGGGUAACAGUAUAUAUAUUAAAAAAGAAAAAUAUUUAUGGCUGAAAGAGGGGUUAACAAGAUAUAUGGAAUAUAAAAUAGGUUACAUGGUAUUAAAAAAGCAAAUAAGUAAACAAAUAAAUAAUAAUAAUAUUAAUAGUAUUAAUAGUGUUUGUAGUAUUAAUAGUAUUUGUAAUAUUUGUAGUAUUAAUAGUAUUUGUAGUAGUAGUAUUUUUUGUUGUUUGAGGCGUGAUAUGUAUAGAAUAAAACUUUGGAAUAUAUUAAAUUCCUUUUUUUAUGUUCAUAUUAUUGAUACGUUAAAUAUAUAUAACCACGCAUUAAAUAUAGAUAACAAAAGAUAUUAUAAGAAGAACAUAUGUAGAAAAAACGUAACAAGCGAAUAUGACUAUAUAUAUGAUAAAAAUUACAUAUCAUGUAGAAAUAAUGACAUAAAUUCUGCUUUACAUGUAAAAGAAAGUAAAUAUAAAAUAGAAUAUACAAAAAUGAUGAAUUAUUUUUAUAAUAACCUUACAUAUAAUAAAGGAAUGAAUAUAUUUAAAUUAAUAUGUAUAUUAUGUUAUCCUUUUUUUAAUAUAAUCCUUGAGUUGUUGUAUUUUACGUUUCAUAAUUAUUCCAUAACAUAUAAAAAAAUAUUAAUAUUUAUUCAUUUUUUCUUUAAUUGUUUUGGUCUUAAGCCAUGGUUUUUGUUAUGCUCUGAGAAAAAUGGGGACGUGAAAAAUAAUAGGAGAAAACUACAAGGGGUUGUUAGAAAGAGCAAACAUAUAAAAUGUUUAUCAAGAUAUUUUAAGAAAAGAAAAGGAAUUCUUAGUAGUGAUAAUAAAAAAAGUAUAUUAUAUAGAAGUUGUAUUAAAUGGAAGUGUCUAAAAAAUAAAAAACAAAAUUAUAAUAAUUAUAAUAAUUAUAAUAAUUACAAUAUUUCAUAUAAAUAUCAUCCUACAUUUUACAAAUGCGAAUAUUUCGGAAUUUGUUGUUCCAACUUUUUAAAAGAUUCAUUCAAAAAGAAAUUCCUACACUUUUAUAAAAUAAUAUGUACAGUGAUAAAGGGAAAAUAUAAAAAGAAAAAAAAAGAACAAGAAAAGGUAAAAGUAAAAGUAAAAGAAAAGCAAACAUGUAGAUACCUUAAGAAUACGUGUACACAUUUAUAUAAUAAAAGAAAUUUCUUUUCUUCAUUAUCUUAUCGAAGGGUUAAUAUAAAUAAUGAGUUGUUAAAAUAUUCUCAUGAAAGAAAUAUUUUUAAAGUCAUAUUACGAAAUUAUAUAAAUGUUGUAGGUCCUCCUAAAAUAUUUUUUAAAUUUUUGAAAAAAAACAAAAAAUUAUUAAUUAUACAAAAACAUUUUUAUUAUGACAACUAUGAGCAAAGGAUUCUAGAGACUUCUAUCCUUUUUCAUGUACCUCUUAUAUUUACGUUUAAUAAAAAAAAGUAUAAAGUAAUAUUAAAUAAGAAGUAUAUGUUAAUAGAUUGUGUAAAUGUAAAGCAUAAAACAAAGAAGAAAAUAUAUAAGUUCAACAUAAAAUUUAAUAUAUUGAACAAGAAAAUACAAAUUGAAAGAAGGAGAAGGCUUUUUUUAAAAUUAAGAAACUGUGACGAAUUCAAGACAAAAGAAAAGAACCAUGUUAGUUUAUUUAUGAGAUAUAAAGACUGUGGUUAUUUUUCUUUUCAUUUUGUUGAUAUGUAUACUUUUCGUUUUUUAAUAAAUGCCAUGAAAGACAAUACAUAUAAAAUAUGUGAUAUUUAUUAUGUUCUUAUGAAUAUAAUUUUACAAUAUUUAACAUGUAUAAAAACGUUAAAAGAAGCAAAGAGGUUGAAUUCUUUAAUAUUGAUGCAGAUUCUGAGGGUGCUGAGACUUUUGAGGAAGAAUACGAACACUAUGAAUGGGUCCUUCGGAUUAGCCAAAAUUUUUAUUAUAGAAUUUUUAAAAUGCUAUAUUUAUUUUAGCUCAUAUUUAAAAACAAUUGAAAAUAAAAAAUUGACGUUGAAAGUAAAAAAAGAAAUAAAGAGCAAUGAGUACUAUGCAAAUGUUGAAUCUAAUGAAGAGUUGGAUUAUUUAUUUAAAGAUAUGAGGAAAAAUUUAUCUAAAAUAUUAUUCUUUUUUAAAGAGUCCAUAAAUUUGUGUUCAUAA